AUGCAGAUGUUCCGCCAGCUCGUGUUAAAAUCCACUAACUACCAGAUCCGUUCGUCCGUGGGUGGUUUUGUUCGGUCACCGGCCCAUGUACUGCUCCGACCGGCGGCUGGUCUGUUACGACCACUGGCUGCCCAACCGCGUGGGGCUGCCCUUCCUCGGUUGUGCAACUCAGACGACGUGGACUGCAGCGUGGAGUACACACGCAAGGGACUGCCCUUCCUCGGCCUAUACAGUCUGGAGCCGCUGUUGAAGGAGUACCACGUGGACCUGGUUGUGUGGGCCCACGAACACAGCUAUGAGCGCUCCUGGCCGCUGUACGACGGAAAAGUGUACAAUGGAACCGACGGAGCAUACCACAACCCGCGAGCCCCGGUCCACGUGGUGACUGGCUCCGCGGGGUGUCAGGAGGACACUGAUAAGUUCCAACGGGUCAGCCCGGACUGGUCGGCCUUCAGGUCCAGCGACUACGGAUACACGAGACUCACGGCCGACAAAACCUCCAUACACAUACAACAGGUGGACGUGGACUUGAAGGGCCAGGUCAUUGACUCCUUCACGAUCAUCAAGGACCGACACGUGCCCUUUGAUAUGUAA